GUAUAAACGAUGAAAGUGAAGAUAACGUGUAAUUCAGCUUCAUCGUCUUUCCGUAAGGUGCAAAAAGACGAUGAUAAUUUCCAAUACAUAAACAAGUAAUUAUGGUAACACUACCAUCCAUUCACAAUUCCACAGUCCACUUCACUCUCCAAAAUGUUAAACUGCGUCGUUUUGUUUAUCUUUGUUGAGUUCUUCCAAUGCUUUCUCUCCGCCAACUGCCACUCUGGAGUCAUUCUCCCGACUCAACUCCACCGUGUGAGUAGUCCAUCGCUUAGCCCUAACCUCGACUACCAACCGGUGAUCGGAAUUCUCAGCCACCCUGGGGAUGGCGCUUCUGGCCGCAUUAGUAAUGCUAUGGAAGCUUCAUUUAUUCACGCAUCGUAUGUUAAGCUUGUGGAGGCUGCCGGAGGUAGAGUUGUUCCUCUCAUUUAUAAUGAGCCACAGGAGAAGCUUCUCAAGAAGCUGGAAUUGGUAAAUGGGGUUCUCUUCACUGGUGGAUGGAUUAAAGAUGGUCCAUAUUUUGAAACAGUUGAAAGAGUAUUUAAGAAAGCUUUAGAGAAAAAUGAUGCUGGAGACCAUUUUCCAUUAUAUGCCAUCUGCUUAGGAUUUCAACUUAUAACAUUGAUCAUAAGUCAGGACGACAAUAUUCUUGAAAAAUUUAAAGCACAAAAUCAAGCAAGCACUCUUCAAUUUGUCGAGAACGCGCAUAUUGAAGGGACUGUAUUUCAAAGAUUUCCUCCAGACUUGUUAAAGAAGUUGAGUACAGAUUCUCUAGUUAUGCAAAAUCAUGCUUAUGGCAUAUCCCCAGCAAAGUUUCUUGGUAAUGAAAAGUUGUCAAGUUUUUUCAAGAUCUUGACAACUUGCAAAGACGAAGAAGACAAGGUUUAUGUUUCCACGGUACAGUCAAGAAAAUAUCCGGUGACCGGCUUCCAAUGGCAUCCAGAGAAAAAUGCAUUUGUAUGGGGCUCAUCAAAAAUUCCACACACACAGGAAGCCAUUCAGACAACUCAGUAUGUUGCAAACUUUUUGGUCAGUGAAGCUAGUAAAUCCUUAAACAGACCAGUUGCUCAAGAAUUGUUUGACAAUCUCAUUUACAAUCACUGUCCAACUUUUUACGCGAAGGAAGGGAAAGCAUAUGAUGAAGUUUAUAUAUUUGCAUAAAUCUAAAUGCUAAAGAAAUAAUCCAAAAUUUCGAGUGUGUCAACUGUAUUUUACAGCAAUAUAUAUAAAGAUUCCCAACGUAACCGCGACUGUAAUUACAAUAUAAAACUAUAGUGUGUAAUACUCGUAUUUCUAUUGUAUUCGCAACACUAUGUAGAAUGCAUCCGUUACCAUAGUUGUUUAAUGUGUAGCUUUCCUCCUAGUUGCAACACUAUGUCAAAUGUGUUAUAUUCUUUAGACCUGAAAGUUGAAUGGAACUUGUAGUUAAUGCUCCAAGAUGAGUAAUGGAUGGAAAUGCACCCAUAUUUCAGAUGGGAGGAUCAAACUCGAGAGAGGUUCGAAGAGAUUCAACUUUCUUGAAGGAAAUCAUAUUGUAAUCAAACAGUUUGCCAAAAUUUCAGCAAGCUAAAUGGUGAUUUCUACUUGACAAAUUAGUCAAGUUUGCCGUCUCUGAAGCCACAAAUUCCUCUCCCAUAAGGCGAUCUUGUAUAAAGUGUGUAUUUUGAGGCUAUAUUUGGAUCGAUGGUAUUGGAUAGAAUGGAAUGGUAAUUAUUUGAAUUAUAUUUGAUUGAAUUUGCAAAUAAUGGAUCGAGUGUAAUCGA